AUGAAGUACCUCCUACAAGCGAUCGAGGCUAAGCGAGCGUCGGUCAAGCUCGGGGAUCUAGAACUACGUCAACUCCUUACGGAAGUCUGCAAGGGUCGCGAUGAACGCGAAGAAUUCCUCGAGUCUAUCGAGCGCAUCGUCACCGAGCUCAAAAACUACUCUGAACAUUCCACCGCCUUCCUGUCCAAGGUCUCGAAACGCGAUGCGCCCGACUACUACGACGUGAUCAAGCACCCCAUGGACCUGGGCACCAUGCAGAAGAAGGUCAAGGCCGGGCAGUACAAGACCAAACGCCAGUUUGGGCAUGAUCUCAACCUCAUCUGGGACAACUGUCUGAUUUACAACUCGGAUCCGUCGCACCCGUUGCGGAGGAACGUGGCGUUUAUGCGGAAGAAGGCGGAUCAUCUGUUGGAGUUCAUCAGCGAUAAGAGCGAUGUCAAGGAUGCGUUGGUGCAGUGGGGGGUGCCGGCGACGGCAACGGUGGAGGUGGGCGAGCCUGGGACACCAGCACCCGAGGCGACGACGACAGCCGAGAAGGAAGUCAAGAAGAGGAGAAGUAGGUGGGAGGAGGGUAAGUUCGAGGAGCAGGACGCCUUUGUGAGGACGCCGCAAAGUAUGAUGGAGUUCAGCCGCAUCGAUGCCGGUUUGAACUUGAUUGAGAGCGGUGUGGGGGCGGGGCCGAGUUCGAGACCGAUGCUGAUGGCGCCGGUGGAGGCGAUGGAUCGGAUCAAGACGGAGGAGGAGGACCCACUCAGUGUCGUGCUCGGCUCGAUCUUUACGCCCCUGUUGGGGGAGAAGGGCAAGGAAAAGGCGACACCAGAACCGCAACCGCAGUCGCCACCGCCGUCACGGGGCCAGUCGCAAUCCGCAUCAACGCCAGCACCGAGCACGGCAGGUGCAGACCUCCGCCCGCUCGAUGCAUCAGCCGACUGGUUCACCGUCACUGCGUCGCACCAGCUCAUGUCGGCCGCCUUACCGGCUUUGCCCUCGUCUUCUCUGCUUUCGCAGGUAGCAGAAGACAGAGGGAAGAAACGCAAGAAGCCCCACCACGCCGUCCCUGCCACUCGGCGAAAAGGUCUCCAGGGUCGCAUCGCACGCAACAUCCGAACACUCCACAAGGUCCAGUCGACACACUCGAAGUUUCUCUCCCUGGCGCACUUUGUAGAGAACGAAGCGCCGAUUCCGUCCUAUCUGACAUCGAUGUCGUCCGACGAGGAGUCGGACUACCCCUCGGACGACGACUCUCCUCCAACCCCUCCCUCGGCACCGCGGCAUCCGCUAUCGCGUAUCUCUCCGACCUCGGCGCACGAUCACGCCAGCUACAACGUCCGCACGCUCCUCGCGCACGCCGGCUUUGAGGGUGGACACAGGGUGGCGGUGGACGUUCUCACCGACGCACUCACAGACUUCCUCGGCUCCCUAGGCCGCAUGCUGCGCACCUACGCCGAUCGGUACGCCCACACCCUCUCUGCAGAAGAAAUGAUCCUCCACACGCUGCAGGAGUCCGCCGGGGCCUCAGUGGCGAGUCUCGAGAACUACAUCCGGAACGACGUUGAGCGGUAUGGGGCUAAGAUGGGGGAGUUGUUACGCAAAUUACGGGUGGGGUAUCGGGAUCAGUUCGAGCGAAGUACGGAGAGAGGGGUGGUGGAGGACGAAGCGCUUUUUGCGGGAGAUGGAGAGGCGCUGGUGGCGGGAGGAUGGGCGGAAGAGUUGGGCGACGAUUUCUUUGGGUUCAGAGAAUUGGGCUUGGAUCGGGAGAUGAGUGGGUUGACGGUUCCGUCGAGGUUGUUCUACGGUAAAGCGGGGAGGGCGGCGGCCAACAGGGUGGGAGCAGAAGGAGGGAAGACGGAGAGUCUACCGUAUCCGCCACCGCCGGCGCCGAUCGAGUUGGUCAGCGCAGCAGUGGGUGCGCAGAUCGGACUGCUACACGGGUUCUACACCGAAAAGCUGCGGGAACACCGGCAGCGCGUCAAGCAGGAAGAAGCACACACCGCGCUGAGGGAGAAGGAAGAAGGAGAAGAAGAGGAGGAGAAACGCGAUCCAGUGGUGGUGAGCAACACAUUGCCAGAGGGAGAACAGGAGAAGCAAAGGUACAAGGUGCCGCCCACGGGCAAGAUGCCGCGGCGCAUACUGUGGAGUGGCGCGCUGGAGAGGAAGGUUCUGAUGGAGAGGGAGAUGGAGCGCGUGGCUGCGGCGGCGGGGGUGGCGAAUGGUGGGGUGGGGGCGAAGGUGAAUGGGAAGGAAGGGGCGAAGAAGAAAGGUGUCGUUGCAUGA